AUGGUGGCUGUGGCCGAACAGGUGUUUUCUGUUGGAGAUGUGCCUCGUGAUCAGAGGAUCGAAUUGCAAGGUGGAUUGGGAUCAGAGAGGAAUCAGGAUAUCUGGGUCUUGGUUAGCGCCGGGUGGACUGAGAUGUUCAACAUCGUCGAUCGAUGGUCGGACGACGUCGUGGUGGAGGCCCGACUGCGGUGGUGGGGAGGAAGGGCAGAACAGCCACGGAUUCAUUUUGUCAUUCUUGUUAGCCGGCAAGGAAAGGUGAGGCUUACCAAAUGGUUUUCAACCUAUUCGCAGAAGGAACGAUCUAAGGUGAUGCGGGAACUGAGCGGAAUAAUACUCAAUCGAGGCCCCAAGCUAUGCAACUUCAUAGAAUGGAGAGGACUUAAAGUUGUCUAUAAAAGAUAUGCCAGCUUGUAUUUCUGCAUGUGUAUUGACCAAGAUGACAAUGAACUAGAGACACUUCAACUAAUUCACCAUUAUGUUGAGAUACUCGAUCGCUAUUUUGGUUGUGUUUGUGAGCUGGAUUUGAUUUUUCACUUCCAUAAGGCUUACUACAUAUUGGAUGAACUUUUGCUUGCUGGUGAGCUUCAAGAGUCAAGCAAGAGAGCAGUAGGACGAAUGUUAGCUAUACAUACUGAAAGAUAUGGAUACAAAUUUGCUUCCCACCUUAUUUCCCCACCUUCAUCCCCAUCCACCUAG